CAAAGUUUCGAAAAGAAGAUAAGAUCGGAGAAAGAAUAACGGAUGAUAAAUUCUUCAAUAUCGCGCCAAGAUGACAUACUCUUCCUCAGAAAAUACGAUACCCUUUGUGAGCGAGCUUAGAGCGACAGGCCACGGGGAAGUUUGGGAUCAUACAGACGAGAAAAAGCUUCAGCAGUUUGGAUGGAGAUGCACGAAUACCGAAAGUUCCUACAACACAAAUACUCUAAUCGGCAACUGGAACGAACAGCGAUUUGACAUCAAUAGAAUUUCAAAACCAAAACCAAUUCCUUCACAGUAUAAUCACUAUUUUGAAACGACAUAUGGUACUGGAUAUCAUGCAGUAGACAGGAGCAAAGUACCAGCGGCGUUAAAACACCUUGAAGCAAGAGAACCAAUAGCAUUUCCAGCUCAUCAACCUGAACUUGAUCCAAAAAUGCUCAAGAAACAGUACAACUCAUAUUUGACAACAUCUAGAGCAGCCUUUGGUGAUCCAACUUCACAAAAAUAAGUCUGCUUAAUUAUCAAAACCCAUGGAAAUCUUUACUUUUGUUACUUUUUGAACUUCUAAAUAGCCACAAUUCCCCAAAUUUUUUGUUAUGGAAGCAAUAAUAUUUUCAUUUGGUUUAAAGAGUCAGAUUUAAAUGUCGCCCCAUGGAAAAGUUCUAAAAAUUCUUAAAUAGUGAAAAACAAUUUUUUUUCAGAAUUCACAUCACAUUUUCAAAGAAAUUAGCCUAGUAGUCAUUAUUACAAUUAAUACCAAAAGUCAGUUUUGCAAUAUUUUUUGCAUAUUUAUGCUAAUAACAAUUGUCACAGAACAAAAAAUAAUUCUUUGAAAACUUAAUAAAACUCAAUGAAAAUUUGUUGUA